UUAUCGUCUACGCGACGCACCGCACGUGUUAUGUAGAUGUACGGCGUAGGCAUAAUAUUUUGUGUUAUACCUACACGACAAACGACGUUUACUUUGUCAUGGUGUUAUAGUUAUUUCGCGAAUAAUAGAAAAGACGUAUAACAUAACCUAACGACUAUACUCUAUAAUGGACGAAAUUAAUUCAUUGGAGAGAAUCAGUGGCAUCAUGAAAAAACGGCCGAAUAAAGAACAGUCAAGCGGCAUUCCAGCAAAAAGAUUAAAAAUGUCUUCGAACGAUACGUUUGAAUUUUUGUCGCCGUCAACACUCCAGUCUCCGAAAAAAAUCAGGGGGUCCCCUGAUGAUACGUGUAGUAUUGCAUCGUCAACGAUUUCCCAAAGACUAGCAUACGGUGGGCGACGUUAUUCUGAUGACCUGGACUCGGAUGAUGAGUCCGUUUUAACUACAACAAGAGGCAUAAUUCCCCUAGACACUGCAACGCUUAAAAGGGAAGAUGGAGUUUUGUUUUCAGAAGAUAUAACAGACGACUAUGAAGUAUGGACCAUGCAGUGCCCAGAUGAUAUAAAAAUAGAAGAAUUGGUUGGAAAAUCUAUUGAUUUUGAUAAUGUGUCAGCAUUAAAAUUAAAUAAUAUGUUUUCCAACAAAGUCGAAAUGAUACCAUAUAAAUGUAAAGACGAUUCAAAACUCACAAUGGUUGUACCAUCAGAGAAAACAAAAAAUCUAUGUCUGAAUAUCGUACCAGUAAUGGGCAAAAUUAUCAUGUCUAGUCGUGUAAGAUUAGAUAAGUCAUCAAGUACACCUCUGCCUGUUGACACAAUAGAACAUGCUGAAAAAUUGCGCUCAGACCUGAUGGCAAGAGUUACACAAAGGUUAUCAAAUAAAAAUAGUCUAAACAAUAGUGUUAAAGCUGAAAAUAAACCACUAUUAAAAAAUUGAUUAAUAAUUUUAUUGUACUGUUAUUUUAUUAAAACACAUUACUAUUAACUUAAGUGAUUUUUCUAAUUUACAUUAAAAUGGUAUCAUAUUGAAAUCGUUAAUACAAAU